AUGCUCCUCAGACCAUCUGAGGGACUCCUGCGGGUCCCUGAAAGCACAGACUCCAAAGCCCGUGGGCAGGGAGAGCCCAGACCUCCGGAGAAGGACUACCACGCUGAUGCAGGGCAUGACCAAAGGCGAGACACAAAGGUCGGCACCGGCGGUGGCAAGGCUGGGGGCGGCCCGGGAGGGGGCGUGGGCUGCGCUUACCGGCCCGAAGCCACCGGCCCGGCGGCGGCUCCCAGGUCGCGGAGCCGAAGCCGUGAUGCCAGCGACCCUGUGCGCCGAGGUAUCCGGGCAGCAGGGGCUCCUCGGGGCUCUCCGGGGACCCCAGGCCUGGAGCGCGAUCCGCACAGGCUGCAGGGCUCUGGAGUGGGCCCCGGCCCGGGGGAGCAGGAGGUGAGCCAGUCUCGGCUUCCGGGUGUCCUCCGGGGUCGGGGGGGGCGGCACCGAGCGUCCCAAGGCCUAGAAGGCCGCGUGGCCGGCGCCCCUCAGCAGCAGAAGACGGCUCUGCAGCGGCCGCUGGAGCUGCACAGCGCGGCCAGGCUGCGGCGCCGGCGGGACCGUAAGCAGCAGCGGCUCCGGGUCCUGGAACGCCUCCACAUCGCCAGGAACCGCCACUGCCGGUUUCACCCCGUGGGGCUCCCGCCCAGUCCUGCUCAACUCCCGCCACAUGAGGACGCGGCUGGGCGGCGGCGCGCCAUGCGGGAGCAGCUGGAGCAGAUGCAUCGGGAGAGGACCGAGCGGCUGCGGGCCCUCCGGGCCAGGAACACCCAGAACUUCCUGGAACUACUGUGUUCCCCUGAUGCUGAGGAUCCCCUGCCUGCGAAGUAGUGCUCGCCCUUCCCAGCCCCCU